UUUAUAGCUCAAGUGUCCAGCUACCACCCGCAGAGGAACAGGCGAGCAAAAACAAUGAGUGUGCAGUGUACUGCAACUAUCACCAGAAGAUAAAAAUCACAAGAAACGUCAAAACAAACAAUUUCGAUGUCCGUCGGAAUCCCAUUCACCGCAGGGAGCGAAGCUUCGGGUGGGUGGCCCCCGCAUCGCGGUCCCCGCCCGGCAUUUGAGCCCGGGCCGGCCGACAUCAAAGCGGCCAAAAAAGCAGAAAAAGAAGCCGAGAAAGAACGCCAACGUCAAAUCACGGGGCCAUCUUUCAUUGAAACAGUCAGCAAAUCGAUCAAGACUUCCGUCGUCGGGAAGGCGUUUCGCUCGGACCCCAACAAGCCUAAGAAACACAGAGUCGAGCGCGACCGGGACGGUGUUCCGAUUCAUUGAGAUUUUCCCUAUUGUAGGGAGCUCCGUGGAUAUGCAUCGAGCACUUUUUCUGCAGAAUGGAGGUGAAGGAAAGAUGUAACAACAAACUGUGUUUUUUACAACGACCCUGGGUGCUCUAGACAUCCUCAUCAUACGUUCAUAUCCACCAAAUGAUGAGAUUCUUGUAUCUCUGUCUCAUGUCAACUUUCUCUUUUCUGCUUCAACUGGGCCGGAAAAGAAAACUUGCCUCAAUCAUACCUUCCCUUUCAUGUUCAUCAUUUAGGGGAUGUAAGAAUCGCCUGGGUUGAGGAGACUAGCUUUGUCAAUUGUGUGGUCAGACGUUAUGGAAUCACGCAUCAUGCACAACCUUGCUGCGUCGAAGGACGCCAGUCAACCUUUAAUACACUGGGUUCACACUAGACCAUGAAACCAGACCGAAAUUCUUAGUGAUGCCAGGCAUACGUCUUGGAUGACGCAUCUC